CCCAAUUUCCACCAUCUCAUAUUGAAGGCUAUCUGGAGAGUUCCAUCAAAACUUGAGUUUGGUAUUUCCUCCGAUAAGCUGAGACAGAUAUGUCGAACGUGAGCUUCCUUGAUUUCCAGUAUAACCUUUCAAAAAGGAAGUUUCUGCGCAAACCAACUCGAUUGUUUUCCUCCCGGGACAGACAAAACUCUGGCUUAACACCUAGUUUCGAGCCAAAUCUCAAUGAGAUGAAGCGAGUCUUUGAGAAAUUUGACACCAACAAGGAUGGGAAGAUAUCUCAGCAGGAUUACAAGGCAAUAUUGAGAGCACUUGGAAAGGAAAGCAUGGUUGGAGAAGUGCCAAAGAUAUUCAAGAUUGUUGAUUUGGACGGGGAUGGGUUUAUUAACUUCAAGGAGUUCAUGGAAGUGCACAAGAAGGCAGGUGGGGUGAGGACAAUCGACAUCCAGAAUGCUUUCCAAACAUUUGAUCUGAAUGGGGAUGGAAAAAUAAGUGCGGAAGAAGUUAUGGAAGUGCUGAAGAGGCUGGGAGAGAGGUGCAGCCUCGAAGAAUGCCAGCGAAUGGUUAGAGCGGUAGACACCGAUGGUGAUGGUAUGGUCGACAUGGACGAGUUCAUGACUAUGAUGACUCGAUCCAUGCAACGUACUUAGAAACAUUCGAUGUGUCUCUGCAACUCUGCGUGUUUCUGUUCCUGUGUGUAAAACAGUUUGCUGUAUAAUUUGCUAUCUGUAGCUAGAGUUGAUGCCUGAUGGCCCUGAUCUUUGUUUGUCAACGGAAUAAUGCUUCUUUUUCCUUUUUAUGAACCAAUUCGCUCAAUUAGAAUA